CUAGCCAAACAUGGUCUAAUAUGGUUAAGGUAUAGUUGUCUUUGAAACCAGCUUCUCUCUUAAAAUUCUCCGUGGGAUCGCUUACCUCGUCGCCGUCUCAGAUCAGUCACUCUCCGAUCAUCUCUAAAGAGCCCAAUCCGGAUUUCCAUAUUCAAUUUUUCAGUUUUUCUAUUUAGGAAUUGCGGUUAAUCUCAGCAUGAAUUUUAUAAUUGGAGCCUUCAAGCCAGCAUGCAUCGCAUCAAUUACAUUUUCAGAUGGAAAAUCCAGAAAGCAGGUCCCAUUGAAGAAGGAUAAUGGUCAAACAAUAAUGGUGCCUCUCUUCCAAAGUCAAGAAACAAUUGCUGGCAAGAUUUCUGUCGAACCAAUUGCCGGAAAGAAGGUUGAACAUAAUGGAAUCAAAGUUGAGCUCCUUGGUCAGAUAGAAAUGUACUUCGACAGAGGUAAUUUCUAUGAUUUCACAUCUCUUGGUGAGUACAUAACUUUUUCGUUAUAUAUGCUUGGGUGUAUGAUAUUAUUUCUUGACCAGAAGGACUUUUGUGCUUGUUUCAGGUAUAUCCUCAAAGUGACUGUAAGUCGGGGCUAUGCUGGUAGCAUAGUGGAAUACCAAGACUUUGUGGUUUGGAACUAUACCCCUCCUCCACCAAUCAACAACAGUAUUAAGAUGGAAGUUGGAAUUGAAGACUGUCUUCACAUUGAGUUUGAGUAUAACAAGGGCAAGUAUCAUCUCAAAGAUGUUAUUGUAGGCAAA